AUAAAUGUAAAAGUUCACAUACCUUCAAUAAGCGUAGCUAAUAUAAGUCCACUUUUUACUUUCAAAGGCACUAACGUUACAGCAUGGAAAGACUGCAUUUGUUGGGUUAUCUGACGUUGUACAUCAUGGCAUUUAUGCCUAUGACAUCAUGCGACCAACUUAGGGAGUAUCGAAUCGAACUUCCCUUUGGUGUCGAUGAGUUUCAAGUUGGACACCUAUACAGUGUGGCAAUGGCUUCCAUGCUAGAGACAGGAGGCGGCGAAGGCUUUGAAAUAAUCGUAAAUGAACCAGUUGAUCGCUUGAUGGAUAAAGAGAGUAGAGCGAGAGUGUUCAGACCAACAGAGCCAGCCGUGCAUACUGACGGACAAUACACGCACAAACUUCUUCAAUUAGCUUCAAAGGUUCCAAAUUUUGUACGUUUGUUGGCACCAACAGGAUCACUUGAAGCUCAUGAGAAAUCUUGGAAUUUUUACCCAGUUACUAGAACAGAAUAUAGUAACGUGUAUAUGAGAGAACAUUUUUAUGAAAUCGUAGAAACGGUGUACUUGCCUGGCAGAUGUGAAAAUGAAAAUGUGUUUGGACUAGAAGGUGAAGAGCUGGAAAAAAGGGUAGUGGAUGUCAUAAAGAUAACUGAGGAUCCAGUCGACUCUAGGGAUUAUAAGGAAUCUGAAGAUCCGCUGAAGUGCAUUUCAAAGAUAACUGGUCGCCUUCCCCUUAAGGCAGAUUGGAUGAAUGAUGCGAAUUCAGUUAUGUGUGCCUAUAAACUUGUUUCAUACCGAUUUAACUGGUGGGGCUUACAGACUAAGGUUGAGGCUCUACUGGUAAAGGCAACAAGAAGAGUGUUACAGAAUUUGCAUCGACAAGCUGUGUGCUGGUUAGACGAAUGGUAUGGCAUGCCAAUGGCGGAACUUCGUCUGUUUGAGAAACUAACCAAAGAAGAGUUAGAUAAGAUGCGAAACCAGGGUGAUGUUAAAGGAAUGAAGGAGGUGUGAUAGACCUUUAGGCAUGGACAUUCUUGUAGAUGUGGAGAUCUCGAGAAUCAUUUUCUC